AUGGGUCUCCUCUCCAAUGACACGACGGGACCGCGCUGCAGCCAGCCACAUGCGGUGCCACCCAACACGCAAAGCGCGACCAAGCGACAUGAGGGCGGACAGGCAAGCAGGCAUGUUUCCCUGCGAGAAGCGUCAAGUGCGGGAAAAACACCCAUGAAUCGAUAUGUCACCUCGACCGAGACCGCUUCGCCGAACUGGGAUCCGGCUCGUCCAACGGCCAAGUUCGGAGGAGUCAUCGGAGCAGCGCCAGGCGAGCUCGGACGGCCAACUAGUAAGCGCCGGAGAGCAGCUCGUUUGUUAUGA